AUGCACUGCUAUAGCUCCCGUGUCGCAUGCUCCAAGCUGACACCACAACCACAGGCCCAGACACUCGAGCAGCGCCGCCGCAACGCCAAGUUCGCGAAGACCCAGGAGAACCGCAUGGGCAAGUCCGAGGACCAGAUCAAGGCCCAGAAGGCCAAGGAGGUGCAAAAGUCGCCCAUCUCCCUCAUCUGGAUUGUCAUCCUCGGCUUCAUUGUCUUCGGCGGCCUGAUAUUCGAGGCCUUCGAGCACUUCUUCGGCAAAUAA